AAUUAUUAGAAUAUUCGUACAGAAAUAUUAGAAAAAGAGGAAUUUUAACUAAAAAGGAAAAAGUGAUACAGUAAUUCAUAUAAAGAAAGGUUGGCAAAAGUGCCAUUUUCCUGAUUUUUCUUCCCUUUCUACUAUCGACUGGCAACACUGUAAUAACGAUCAAGAUGGAGGAUACUGAAAGCACAACUACUUCGAUCGACGAUAAAACUGACGAUUUCGGGGAUUCUCCGACUAGAGAAGCUUUAGCGGAUGGUUUAAUGGGUUUGUUAAGACCUGCCGUCGAACAAUUAGAUGAUAGAGUGAAAUCAACAAGAAUCACUCAAUUAGAAUUGAAGCAACAGAUAGACAGCUUAGCCGAAGACUUGAGAAAAAUCUCGGAGAGCCAACAAAUGCCUUUUGACCUGGAUGCAUAUGUUAAGAAAUUAAUGAAUGCUAAAAGGAGAGUUAUGUUAGUCAACAAUAUCCUUCAAAAUGCUCAGGAACGAUUGAACAGAGUUCACCAGAAUGUAUCCAGAGAAGCGGCUCGCAGGAAGGCUCUCCUGGAACCGGGAUCUCCUCAGAUUGGAUCAGCACCUUUAUAAAUUGAAAUUUAGUUAAAAAGUGAAAUUUUAUCCAGAAGUUUUGAAUGGAGUUUCUAUUCUUAAUUGUGAUAAUUUACAUUCCUUUAUUCAAAUUAUCGAAGAAAUAUUAACUACACAAACUGGAGUUUAGCAAUUUGUAUAUAAUGAUUUGUUCAUUAAAAAAAUUUAUAAUGUGAAAAUGUAAGUGUAUAAAACUGUAAAAAUAUUCACCAUUAAUUUUUUCUUCCCUGCUAAUUUAUUAUUUGUAUAUGUAGAAAAUUGUGUAUUAAAUUAAUUCUUUAAUUAGUUUUGGAUAUGAUGUAAUAAACUCAAUUAAAAUGUAAUUAAAGCCGAUUUAAUUAUUCAUUAAAAGAAUUUUCACAAAUUGAAA